UUCUGCUCAAAGCACCCCCAACCAUUGCCCACCAUGUCCGACGUCGCCGCCUUGGAGGCCGAGGUCAAAGAAUUCAAGAUCCAGCUUGAAACCGUCCAAUCUAGCUUGCAGGUAGAACCCGAUAACACGGAGCUGCAAAGUCUCAAGACUGAACUCGAAGAACUCAUAACCCUCACCGAAACUGCCAUCGCCGAGCUCAAACCCGCCCCCGUAGCUAAGCCGACCCCAGCACCGACCAAGGAGACAUGGUCAUCAAAAGAAUCUGUCUCGCGGCCGUCACAGUCUACCUUCGAUCGGGCAGAUGAGACCGCCACCACCGCACCUCCACCAGCCGCCUCGUUCUCCGUCAACGACACUGUUCUCGCCCGCUGGGUUUCGGGCGACAAUGCUUUCUAUCCGGCUCGCAUCACCUCCAUCACCGGCUCAUCAAGCAAUCCUGUUUACCUGGUCUCGUUCAAGUCGUACGCGACUGUCGAGAACCUGACGGCCAAGGAUAUCCGCCCCAUUGCGGGCAAUGACUCUCGCAAGCGCAAAGCUGAUGGAACCUCAGGCAGUUCAGCAUCCCCUUCUCCCGCUCCGCCGUCAAUCUCACACGCCAAUGUGAUCUCGGCGGCAGCCGAUAUCAACCCCGCUCUUGCCAACCAAGCCCGUCAAGACCCUAGCAAGGCCGGGGAUGCGUCCGCACGUCCGGCCAAGGUUCCUCGCAAGGUCAAGGCCAACAAGGAAUUAGAGGCGGGCAAGAAUAAGUGGCAAAACUUUGCGGCCAAGGGCAAGGGCAAGUUUGGCAAGAAGGACAGCAUGUUCCGUACCGGUGACUCGGUCAAUGCACGAGUGGGAUUUACGGGAUCCGGCCAACAGAUGCGCAGAGACCCUGCGAGGACACGCCAUGUCUACCAUCAGGCUGAGGAUGAGGGCUACUAA